GAGAGAUAGAGAGGAGAGAGACUGUAGAGGAGAAGACUCAAGCCUAAUCUCUGCCUGGAGAUGAGAGACACUUCUAUCAAACACUGAACAACCGGAUAUCUGUCGGUGCCGCCAUGUAUUUCGGCAAUGUGUGUCACAGUGUUCUGCCACCGCUGGCUCGAACCACGCUGGGCAGGACUCAGCCCUCCCCAGACCCGAAACCCCUCCUCCCCUUCCACCUGCUGCCUGGAUUCACUGACAUGGAUCAUGUCCAUAAAGCUCUGAUUGGCCCAGGAUUCAGGCUAAGCUCACCGCUGAAGAGGAAGCCCAGUUCCUGUGGAGUCUGCCGACUGAGGUUCAACUCUGAGGCACAGGCUUCUUCCCAUUAUAGUGGCACCAAACAUGCGAAAAGGCUGAAAUCUCUGGAUGCUCCAGAUUCUAAGAUCAGGACCUCUGAACCGGUCACCAAGGAAACCACAUCUCAAAUCCUCUCAUCACCCUGCUCACAGCCCUCCAGCUUUGACACAACAUCAGGAGAGCCCUCAGCCCCAAACCCUACCUCAGAGGCGGCACCGUCAAGCGGCGGACCCAAUGAAACUGUGAAAGUGCCGUCCAACCCCUCCCUGUCACCCUGCCCAAGUAUGACAGAGAAAGAAACACCAAAAGACGGAGACGUAGAGGUGGCUCCAGAGGAGACGGAAGAAGAGAAAGCUAUACGCCUUCUCUACUGCUCACUCUGUAAAGUGGCUGUCAACUCCGCCUCCCAGCUCCAAGCCCACAACAGUGGCACUAAACACAAGACAAUGUUGGAGGCGAGAAGUGGUGACGGAGCCAUCAAGUCCUUUCCGAGGACGGGAGUCAAGGCCAAGUUGGCUGCGCCGUCUGAGUUGUCAACUGGACUCCAGAAUAAAACUUUCCACUGUGAGAUCUGUGAUGUGCAUGUCAACUCUGAGACUCAACUCAAACAGCACAUUAGCAGUAGGAGACACAAGGACAGAGCAGCAGGUAAACCAGCCAAGCCGAAGUUCAGCCCCUACACUCCCACCCAGCGUCACCAGAGUUUCCAGGCAAUUCGUCUGGCUCUACAGAAGAGCCAAGACCUGACCAAACCUCUGGCCUCGUGUGUCCUACAACGUCAGCUUUCUGUUGUCACCGCCGCCGCCAUGGCAACGCUACCCCCUUUCCCUGUCAGGCCCGCCUCAAGCUCGAGCCCCGCCCUAUUUCACAGUCAGCCCCUCCCCCAGGCCCUGCUGCAUCCGGCCCCUGGGCCCAUCUGUUCAACACACUCGCCGGUUCUGUUUUCCCCCUACUGACCCAGUCUGCAUCUCAAUCAGCUAAAAGCAGAACUGAGGCCUGAACAAGAUGUGAUAUAAGACAGUGCUGACUGUACUCCACAUGCCAGCAGAUACUGUGGGUGUCAGGGGCCAGGACUGAAGACUAUUUGCUGGGGCCAAAACCAUAAAGCAUCAGUUAGGUUGGGAUGGAGGAUGUACACAGCUGCAAAUGAGUAAAAACAGAGUAUUUUAUGAUAUGUGAGAGAGUGUGUGUGUGCGUGUGUGUGUGUGCAGGUGCAUGCACAGAUAUAGACAUCAGAGAGGUACAACUUUUUACAGCUCCAUUCCAUUAAGUUUUAUAAAUGGUGAUAAUCUGUAAAAUAUUCUUAAAAUGGACUGCGGUUUAAUUCAGUGAAUUUUAAGAAAGAUGCAGAAUGUUGAGCUUCCAUGAUGAUUAUAACUGUGUGUGUUUGUGUGUGCAGAUAUGCAUAUAAGUAUGAAUGUCAACCAGAGCAUGCUUGACUCAAGAUGUUUAUUAUUUUCCAAUAAACAAUACUCAUGUUC